UCUAGUGGGGAACUAGUAAAGCCUAAGCCUUGUGAUCAGGCUCAGAGAUUAGCUUGCUGGCUAGGGUGGGCAAUGCUUCCAUGCUUGACAUUGAAUCAGAAUCAUCCUCAUGUGAUGCUCUCUCAUCCUUGCAUCAUACCAAGUAUACCACCAAUGCUAAUCAUUCUGAGGAUGAAUUAAAUAAAUCUCUGGAGGUGACAGUGAAUUCUGGAGGUGUUGUUUUCUAUGCUCUGUUUAACAACAUGAGCCGUGAUGAUCUCUUGCAAAAUGAAGCUGUGGUGGUGAUCAAAUUUUCAACUUCUUGA